GUCAGGCAGCCUUGCACGCUACCGUGGCGCCACGGAAAGCUUCGCACAUGGUGAAUGGAGGCACCCGCCUGAGUCCCUGGUUGGCCUUCGGCUGCCUUUCCGCACGGAUGGUGGUGAAGGAGGCUCGCGAGUGGGAACGGCAGCACGGGAAGACCAGUUCCACUUCAAAAGGUGUUGGCAAGACAGGCUCAACGGGCACGCGGCUCCACACCGAGCUGCUCUUCAGAGAUUUUCUGCGUUUUUCGGCUUUGGCAUGGGGCACUUCACUCUUCAAAAUUGGAGGUCCUUUUCACAUCAAAGGUGUGCAAUGGAAGAAAGACCAGGAGCUCUUCCAAAAAUGGUGCUUGGGACAAACAGGAUUUCCUUUCGUGGAUGCUGGCAUGCGAGAGCUUGCAGCCACUGGCUACAUGAGUCAUUUGCAUCGCCAAUGUUGUGCAGCCUUCCUUGUUCGCAAUCUGGGCCUUGACUGGCGCAUGGGCGCAGAGCAUUUCGAGUCACAGUUACUGGACCACACACCUGAUGCGAACUGGGGCAAUUGGGCCUAUCGUAUUCUUCAACGACCAUCCUUAGUUGAGACCAGAGCCAAUUACCCCUUGGAGGAACAUGUCAACACGGUGGAGGUGGUCGUGUGGCCUGCCGUGCACGAUGCGCAGUUGGAGCACACAUUGCUCUGGGUACCAGAACUCCAAGGUCUUCCCAAGGACCUAGCACGAGAGCCCUGGCGCACUGAAGGGCAGCCCAGCAAGCGGAUCCAGAUCAAACCCUACAAGGACUCGCCUUUGUGGUUUUGCGCAGCAAAUCGCACCAACUGGGACUAUGAGUAUUUCUGGCUCCCAGGUGAUGCAUGGAUCGUGAAGCAUGGGAAAGCUGAACUUCGCCACGAAAACUUUCAGCUGCAGCGGGACUAUUUCAGACCUCUGGUGCCAGCAUUGAACGUGGCGUUGGAUCUCGAUGCCUUGCCUGUGCAGCACUUCGUAUGGGGCGACACUCCAGCCUCGAGCCGUCCACAUAUCUGGGGAGGCGAGCGUCGAGGAGUCAAGGUUUUCAAGGAGAAGGGGAAAGGAAAAGGAUAUCGAAGAAGUGGCAAACGUCGGGAUUGAUGAGGUCGAGUUAAGGAGAAACACGCCUGAAAUUUUCUGAGCCUCGCGCGACAUGUUCGCGAUGCUCAAGCUCGGUGCAGCCAAAGAGAGCUUCACCGUGUACAGUGCUUCAAAAA